CAUUCUUACGUUGGAUCAAUAACUAGUCGUUUCUUUAGUCCGUGAUUGGCCAGUGACAAAGAGAAAAACUGGGAAAAUCUUUUGGGACUGACGAACUAACGAUUAACUGAAGGGAUUUGUGAAAUAAUAGAAUAAAAUCAUAAAACAUGGGGAAGGGUUUUAACAAUUAUAUGUGUAAGAAAUUUUUUCACCCUGCAUCAAGAGAUAAUUUGAAAAGGGUAUGGAUGGCUGAACAAAAAACCGAAGCCUAUAAGAAAAAACAAGAAGAGUUGCGUAUUCAGUAUGAGAAGGAACAAGAACUUCAUGAGAACAAAGCAUUGCUAAGCAAAGAUAGUAAGGAUAAAUUGAGCUUGAAUUUUAUGUAUGAACCACCCCCGGGCGUAAAGAAGGAAAGGGAACGUGAAGAUAAUGAACCAGAAUACAAAUUCGAGUGGCAACGAAAGUACAAUGCACCCAGGGAGAGCUAUUGCAAAGGCGACAACGAAAUACGGGACCAGCCCUUUGGUAUACUGGUGCGUAAUGUCAGGUGUAUAAAGUGCCACAAAUGGGGACACAUCAACACAGAUAAAGAAUGUUCUAUGUACUCCUUAUCAAUGGGUGAGGCUCGUGCUCUGCAAGCUUCUACAUCAGCUCCUGAGGAGCAAGAAGAAAAACCGGAUGUUCCUACACUUAUGCAGCAGAUGAGAGAUACUGGAUUGGUUAUGAAACCUGGAGCUUUACCUCUGUCUGCUACAAGGAUGGAAGAUAAUGAUACCAACAGCCUCACUGAACAGGAUCUUAUUAGUCAACUGACUAGAAAGCAGAAAAAAAAAUUGCUGAAAAAACUUGAGAAAAUGGAAAAAAAGAAAAAGAAGAAGCAAAAAAAGUCCUCCAAACAUUAAGAUUGUUCACCCUUAUAUUUUAACCUGGAAAAAUAAAUGUAACAUUUACUUUUUAUUUCACACACGUAGGUGGACCUAUAGCAUGGCCAGCCAGGAGUCUGUAGUAGUUUGGGAUAUGAGCUACCCUAGUCAAAUCGGUAAGGAAUGAUGGAAACCGUCAUCUCUUAAAGGAUUUAGCUCGACUGAACCAGUGACUACUACAACAGACUAGUCUAUUUUUGAAGGGGUGAAAUUCAUUAAAUGCCUUCACCCAUUUUGGGCGAGGCUAGAGUGAGUGUCAGACUCUUACUGACUAAAAACCACCCCGUUCCUACUUCUGCCCUACCCGCCGUGUAGUCCGCAGCUCCGGAUUAGGCAUCAGCCCUACUGGGCCUCAUCUGUGGUGGUCUGAUGGCUGCUUGAGACUCCUACCUGGCCACGGUACAGGUCUUCCUAUCCACUUAUUGGGAUAAUUAGCCAGAACGAUGGAAUUUCUGUAAGACAACACCUCUGUAUCACUUAGUAUAUUUUUUUCCAAUAAAGAUUUUAUUUCAA